UUUGCGACAUAAUGCCUAGCUUUGCAAAUUACUUAUCCAGCCUUACUUAUCACCUCAACAUUGCUCACUAUUUCCUUAUCUUCCUUUUCGCCUCCUCAUAUCAACACACUAGUAAACUCUCUUUUGGUGAUGCACUUCCAAGUGUGAAACCAUGCAUUGAUGAGGAGAGACGGGCUCUCCUUGCCUUCAAACAAAAUCUCACUGAUCCUUCUGGGAGGCUUUCUUCUUGGGUUGGUCAAGCUUGCUGUCAAUGGAAAGGAAUUUCAUGCAACAACAUCACCGGUCACGUUGAAAAGAUAGAUCUCCAAAAUACAUACACAUACACACUGUCUGUUUUUGAAGGAGAGUGGGAAGAGAUGGAGAAGUCUUCUUUGGGUGGUGAGAUAAAUCCUUCUUUACUUAGCUUGAAACUUUUGAGCCACCUAGAUCUAAGCAGGAACGCUUUUCAAGGGAUUCCCAUUCCCACAUUCUUCAGUCAGCUCAAAAGUUUGAGGUAUCUCAAUCUCUCAUAUGCUUCAUUUGGAGGAGAAAUUCCAGCACAUCUUGGUAACCUAUCAAACUUGAACUAUCUUGACCUAAAAGUGAAGAGUCUGACUAUUCUUCACUUGAACUACCUUCCAACAGCUUGAAUGGGCUUUCCAAUCUCU